GCAAACGACCAGGAGGGGAAAAUAAAAAAGAAGAAGAAGAAGAAGAAGAAGAAGAAGCGGAACGACAGCAGCACGGAUACCCCUGGACAUAGGAGGCCAACGGACUGGAGAGUAAAUAGUCCUUUUCCAGCAAUUGCAACGAAGAAAGAGGAAACGAGCGUCGCGGAGGAGGGCUGCGUUUCCUUGAUUGCCGUCAGAAAAGUGUACAAGCCUGUUGCAAAAGCGUUGCGCAAGCGAAUCGAGAUUUUCAGCCCGGGGACCGCGUCGAAGGAGAAAGCGUUGAGAAAUUUUAUCGGAUCCGCGUGUCGCAAGGCAGAGUCGUUUGGCAAAAAAUCAAGCCGCCGCGGUUUCAGAGAGACAAGCAACGAAACG